GCCCUGCAGUUGCCUGCAGUGCCCUGCACUGCCCCUGCCCUCCUCACCAUGCAGAUCUUCAUGAACACCCUCAUGGGGAAAACCAUCACCCUCGAGGCUGAACCUUCUGAUACUACAGAAAAUGUGAUCCAGGAUGAGAAGGACAUCCCUCAGAAUCAGCAGUGGCUGAUCUUUGCUGGGAAGCAGCUGGAGGAUGGAUGCACAUUGUCCAACUACAACAUUAAACAAGAAUCCACCCUUCACCUGGGGCUGAGACUUCGUGGUGGUGCUAGGAAGAAGAAGAAGAAGGAGGAGAAGAAGAAGGGGAAAGAAAGAAAAAAGAAGGUUAAGUUUGCAGUGCUCAAGUACUACAAGGUGGAUGAGAACAGCAAGAUCAGCCACCUGCACCAGGAGUGUCACUCAGAGGAGUGUGGGGCUGGAGUCAUGGCCAGCCACUUUGACAGACACUGCUGUGACACUGCACGUGUGGCCCAGCAGCACCUCCAGGACUGGGUCCUUGCCCUGCAGCAUUCGGGCUAA